AUGAGGUCCCCAGGAGCACCAGCUGUAGAAGGCGCGAUCCGCUCCGCGGCAAUCGCCCUAUUCGAAGCGCGCAGCUCUCUGGAAUGCAACUCCCAUUCCAACGCCUCCUACCGCUCCCACUCCACCCAGCCACACACGACGAUGCCGGACGAGGGCGAAGCCGAUGCCGUCAUACCAGUCAUCCACAUUACUACUCCGGACAGCCCCCGGAAACGAGACUUCUUCAAACGCUCAGUACGCAGGAGACUCGGACGCAGACCAUCGAUAUCGACGCAGCGAGCUUAUAUUCAUCCGCUCGAGGAGAGCCCGGGCAGGCGUAUGCGCCAUACGGACGAUUACUUGACUGAGCGGAACCCGAAUCCGAAGACUGGGCUGAUUACGCCUGAGGUCGUUAGCGCGAAUAGCAGCACGUUGGAGGUAACAGACAUGCCGACACCGGAGUCGCCGGGUGCUGCUUUGGCGCUACGGGUACCAGCGGCCUACGGCGAGGCGAGAAGAUCGAGGCAGAAGCAUCGCUGGCGAGCGAACAAGGAGGGAUGGUACUACGUGGAAAGAAGUCCGUCGCCUGCCGUCAAGGCUUCUAGAGAGGGCCAGUCCAACUCCAGCCAGGAGAGCUUCCACUCAGAUCGCUUCGCCAUCGUUACACCAGCCUUGAACGAGUCUCGGGAGCCUCCCGUGCUUGAAGGGAAGAUGGCGGAGCAGGUAGCGGCGUACGAGCACUAUGCACGCAGAGCUAGGCUGAGCCAAGCGACCGUCGAGACCCGCCGCGUCUCCUUAAUCGAACACAUUAUAAGUACCAUGCCCGGCGCCCUCCCCCCGGACCCCGUCCCGUCUAUCGCCCUUGCAGAGCUCGACGCCGCACAGCCUCAAGCCCCAGCCGCCGACCGCAACCCGUCAGUCCGAGUGGCCAUCGUACCCCGAAAACCAGUCCCCUCACCUAGAACCACGUCUCCACCGCCACCAUGCCAUCAUUCGUCGAAACCCUCAUGGUUUACCGGGCCCAGCGGUACAGCCGUCCCUCCCGUCUCCUCCGCCGCUAUUCCGGCCGGCGCAAUCCUCGCCUCAACGCAAGCGCCGCAACCGGCUGCGGUGGACGUCCGGCUGCGCGGCGCUGGCGCGCGGAGAGGUGCUACCGUGGCGGCGACGGCGCCUGCUUCUGAUGCUGCUUCUCCUGUACCUGCUCCUGCUCCUGCGACUACGAUUGCUGCACCGAUGAGCAAGCGGACGCGGACGCCUCUGUUUACCGGCCCUAUCGUCUCGCCUUCCGCCGAAGCGGCUGUGAUAGCGGGACGGCGGGCUAUGGCCGCCACCAUUACUAGUAUUACCACUGCCACCGAAGCCGUCACAUCCAAUCCCAUACCAACCUCUCCCACCUCCCCACCGGAUCCCGCCUCCUCGUGUGAACUUGAUUUCUUUGGAGACGUGAGGAGGCACGCCGCCACGGUGGUAAAGGCGCUACUGGCAUUCUACCUUCUGUUAUGUUUUUUGCACGUUGUUGAUGCGGUUAGGGAGGCUGCUUGGAGGGUUAGUUGGCCGGCCAGGAGUGUUGUUGUGUUUAUCCGCUUUAUGCUGUUUGGGUGGGACAGUGGGUGA